AUGCCUCCAGUUGAUAUUUCAUUCGAUUGGCCAAAGAGUAUUGAAGAGAUCCCAGUGGUAGUGUCUACCCUUUACCACCAAUUCAAACUCUUAAUCUUGAUUCAAUACUUUUCCAAUAAUGAUAAGGUCUGGGGUAGUAUAUAUUUGGCAAGAGACAUAUUUUUUAUCCUUUUUGUCUACAAUACCGUGUUGAAGAUACUACAAGCCGUAUGGGGCUACGGAAUCACCGGAAUUGUCAAGACUUUAUACCGUUCAGUGUUUUCCUGUAUUUCAAGAAAAUUUUUGUUAUUGCCAUUCAUCAAAAGUAAAAUUGACAAAGAAUUAAAUCAAACCAUUGAGAAGAUUGAACAACAAGUUAUGCAAAAUGACGAAAGCUUGAUGCAGUUUAAAGAGUUGCCUAGUGAAGGUUUAACAGACGUGGUGGUUACCGAGGAAUUGGUCAAAUUACAAGACUUAAAACAUACCGAUUGGGUUAAUGGUAGAGUUAGUGGUGCUGUGUACCACGGUGGUGAUGAUUUAUUAAAAUUACAGCUGGAAGCUUAUCAUAAAUAUAGUGUGGCUAAUCAGUUACAUCCCGAUGUUUUCCCCGGUGUUAGAAAAAUGGAGGCAGAAGUAGUAGCUAUGGUAUUGAAUAUCUUUAACGCUCCAGAGGGUGCAUGUGGUUGUACUACGUCUGGUGGAACAGAGUCCUUAUUAUUGGCAGGAUUGGCAGCACGAGAACAUGCAAGAAAAUACAAGGGCAUAACUGCACCUGAAGUUAUUGCACCAAUUACAGUGCAUGCCGGUAUUGAAAAAGCUUGUUAUUAUUUUGGAAUGAAACUUCACAAGGUUGACUUGGAUCUAAAGACGUACAAAGUCGAUGUUGGCAAGGUGAAACGAUUGAUUAAUAAAAAUACAGUGCUCCUUGUUGGUUCAGCUCCUAAUUACCCUCAUGGCAUUAUUGAUGAUAUUGAAGCAUUGUCGAAACUUGCUGUAAAACAUGAUAUUCCUUUGCAUGUAGAUGCUUGUCUUGGAUCAUUUAUUGUGACCUUUUUGGAAUCUUCCAAAGUUCAUGGAUCAAAGAAAUUGCCAUUGUUUGAUUUUAGAGUGCCAGGAGUCACUUCCAUCUCUUGUGACACACACAAGUACGGUUUUGCUCCAAAAGGUUCAUCGAUUAUUAUGUACAGAUCACCAAAAAUGCGGGAGUGCCAAUAUUACAUUUCAAGUGAUUGGACGGGUGGUAUGUAUGGAUCACCCACAUUAGCUGGCUCAAGGCCUGGUGCAUUAAUGGUUGGUUGUUGGGCCACAUUGGUACAUAUAGGAAGAGAUGGAUAUAAGAAAAACUGCUUUGAUAUUGUGAGCGCCACUAUGAAACUCAGAAAGGCCAUAGAAACCGAUCCAAUUUUGUCUAAAUACUUGGAAGUUAUAGGAGAUCCAUUGGGUUCAGUUAUCGCCUUCAAAGUGAAAUCAAGUCAAGCCGAUAAUUUGUCAAUUUACGAGUUGAGUGAUUUAUUAGGUAAGAAGGGAUGGCACUUUGCUACCUUACAACAUCCUGCUGCUUUACAUUUUGCCCUCACAAGAUUAACAGUACCAGUCAUUGAUGAGUUGAUUGAUGACCUUGUCUCUUGUACUGAGAAGGCGGUUGCUUAUGUGAAAGAGCAUGGUAAAACUACAGGCGACACAGCGGCAAUGUAUGGUAUUGCGGGAAGUAUUCAUACUUCUGGAUUGGCUGACAAGUUGAUUACUGCAUUUUUAGACACCAUGUAUAAAACAUAG